CGGGGAAGACGAACAGCCCUUGAGAUCGAGAUUCAUGGCGCCUAAUAAUAUGACGUCUAAUGUCGUAAUCGCUGAACGCCCAGCAUGCGACUUUUGUCAUUCGAGAAAGGUUCGUCAAGCACAAUAGGAGAUACCCUCAGGGUCUCGAUUCAUGGGUCAUUCACGCUGUCUCCUCUUGUAUCAUGGAGUCGUGGCUAUUGACAUCGAAGUAUCCCAGAUCAAAUGCGAUCGGCAGGUCCCAUGUGCCAACUGCAUCGAGGCUGUAGUAGAUUGCCGCCGAGAUCGACCCAAGAAAAGCAGGCGCCGGAAAGGAGCUCGCGUGACUUCCGUGUCUGAAAGGCUUGCUGCGCUCGAGUCAUCGGUUGUCGGUUUUCCGUCUCACGACAGCCCGACUCGUCAUGCAGUAGGGAGCGGGUUACUAGAGCAGGAGAUUACGACGAACGACACUGGUGGCGUUUCUCAUAGCGGGCAACAAAACAAUGAAAGGAUUGACAGUCGAUCGUCGAACCCAUUUGAUACCAACGCCAGAGAUGGCUUGGCCCAGCAAACCUCAGAGGGUACUCGAUUUCUGCAAAGCGAGCUUGAGUCAAACCCAUUCCUUGGAACAAGCAGAUCUAUACUGAUGAGGGAGGCAAUUGGCUUUGUCAAUCGCCUCUCUAAUACAUCGAACCCAUACUUUGCGACCGAUACUUUUGACUCGUCUGGAACAAGUGAUGAUCUUAAAUCAAAGGCUUUUCCGCCCGAGCUGUUAUAUAUGAUGACAAUGGACACUGAGCCAAAUACUAUGAAGCAGUCAUUCUGGCCUGACCACGUUUCCUUUCAGACCUUGGAAGAAAUGUGCUUGUCCCUUAUCGAGGGAAAAGAGGACCGACACACCCGUGCUUGUUACCGUGUCUGCGUCUAUAUGAAAGCUGCCGUGUUGCUUAGCCGGCUUCCAAAGAAAGAUCGGAGUGUACCACUUCGAAGGCAUCUUGAAAAAAGUAAAAAAGAAUAUGAGCACGAGAUGCAUCAAGCUCUUUCCGAGAUUGACUAUCUUUCACCGCCAAGUUUGGUUCUCUUGCAAGCGUUUCUGUCGGGUGCACUAUUCAUGCAGAAUCAAGGUGACAUGUCCCGAAGCUGGACAUUGACAGCUUUUGCAUCUAGAACCUUGGUAUCCCUCAACUAUCACUCGAUUGACUUGGUGACUCUCGUUGAUGAAACCAAACGGGACAUCUAUGGGUCGUUGUAUACGUGUUACUAUCUCGACAAAAUGCUCAGUGUGCUCCUUCUCAGGCCGCCCUCACUGCCAAAGCUGAAGAUUAAGCCAGCAGACCUGGUUCGUUUGGACCCUCGGCUUCCUCUCAGCGCCAUUGUCAAAAUCAUGGUGGAGUUUGCACAAAUCCAGGAAGGUGUCCUUGAUAUACUCAACUGUACCCAUCAGAAUGAUCAAGUCACUGUCAUUACCAAGCUUAUCCGGGACAUGCAUGGAAUACAUGCUUUGCUCAAAAAGCAUCAAAAUCAAUUACCCUUCCGAGGAACAACCUAUGAAUGGGUCGCCAUCGAGUUUGGCUAUUAUGCACUACUCGCUAGUGUGUUGCACUUGAACCAACGUGUUGUCCAAGAUCGAUCAACCCGGGAAGAUUGCCUGGGGGCUUCUCGACAAGCGCUCAUCCGUCUAGGAAGAAUUCAGGACGAGAUCUACAUGGGUGCGAACUUUCUUGAUCAGUAUCCGUACUUUCUCACUUGGACACUACUGUUCUACCCACUGAAUCCAUUUUUUGUCCUUUUCUGCAACGUUGUAUCUUCAGCGAACCGGGAUGACUAUGCAUUGAUGGCGGAAGUCACCCAAGGAGUUUCGCGCUUUGUGGAAAUGCAUCCCUCCAUUGCGGACAUCCAUAAGCUUUUCUCGGCUUUCCUGGGAAUAGUCAGGCCUCUGAUCCAUUCCCAGCCCAUUGCGGAUGCUGCAACUCAAGGACAUGAACACUCCAAUAUGGCAAGCAUGGCAGCUCAAGCAAGCAUCGACAAUUCCAUGAGCUCAAACCUCGCCCGAGAAAGUGGGAUUGAACUACCAGAGCAAGGUAUUCUCAGUCAAGACAGACAGGUUGUUCUAGACGAUGAAAUCCUGUGGGACAUGAUGGACUCUCAACCAUGGCUGGGUUGGAUUAGAUCGGACGCCUUGACGGACAAUCCCACCUCUAAUUAGCUGUCAUAUCCAGAUUAUGUGAUAUAGAAUCUAAAUAAUUUUAUAUGUCAUUAUACCAGGAAAUGAACAGCCCGGAUGGACGGACGGACGGAGAUGUCAAUGGUCCGCGCACAGAAGGACGGAUCGGAGGUGGACAUCAAAACUGUGUAGUAUUGGACUUUCAGAGCAGUUUUGUAGAUUAAUUCAAGGCAUCUCAAAAUGAAUCAAGGAAAUCAGUCGACAUGAC